CCUCAAUGUAAGACUUUCAAUUCCCCUCACCAGCGGUAAGGAUUGUUAGAAGCUAUAUUGAGGUAUUAACAUUUUUUGGUCCUUCGAGCCGGAUAAAGAGCUCGGCCAAAUUAAAAAGUCCUGUACUUACAAAACAGGCAAAAUACAAAAAAAGCCCUGUUCAAAAUACAGGCAAAUUAAAAAAUAAUUGUAAGACGGGUGUAUAUUCCCGCAUUAAAACCGAUCGCAUAAGCCGUUUUAGCAGAGACUAAACGCAGUGAUCUAACUGCUAUCCAAGAGAUAUUCAGCGGCUGUGAGUCGAGGCACAGCAAGGUCAACUAGGCGACCAAAUCAAAUACCUCCAACGAUUUCUUUGGAGAACAACAAGCAGUUAAUUAAUAAAUAAAAAAAUGUUGCGGAAAAACUCUCAAAAUGGGAAUAAACAAGAAGAAAAAUCCUGAAGCCCAAGCGGAUUUUUCCGAAAAGGUGUUGUACACGUCCAACACUUUUCCAACAAAGCCAUCAAGUAAAAGAAAAAUUGAAGAAGUUGAAGCUAAACACCAAGAUUUAGAUCGAAAAACUUCCUUAUUCAUGAGGAAAGUUGAAAACCUCAGAAGAAAAAUGGAAGAUCUAAGCAUGGAAUUAAUGAUCGACAACGAUCAAAUAAAAGGCUUAGACUGUUUAUUUACAGACAUUCAAAAUCUAAAAAGCAAAUUAGAUUUUAAUGUUGAAAUCGAAGACAUAUUCGAAAAAAUAUAUGACGAAUACUACGAAGAGCUUAAACAUUUAAAGAAAAAGUUACAAAAAGAAGAGCCUUAAAUUUCUUAUCGCCCUAACUUUAAAGAAAGAAAAAUAAUAAAAAUUCCAACAUUUUAUGGCGAUACUAAGGAAUGGGCCAAAUUUUACAACGUGUUCAAAGUUAUGGUACAUGACAACGACCAGAUGAAGAACAUAGAGAAAAUGCUGCGUCUUCGUCAAUGCUUAAAAGGCGAAGCUGCACGAGUAAUACAGCAUUUUCAAAUUUCGUCAAAAAAUUAUGAAGCUGCAUGGAGUCUACUUAAGAAAAAGUAUGACAAUCAGCCAAUUCUGUUCAUCGUACCCAAAUUAUCUACAACUGCGACGAAACUAACUAAUGCAGUACAAAAGAUUGAACACGAAAAACUUAUAAAAAUUCCAUUACUCUCUCUAUCUUCUGUUGAGGAAAAAACAACAGAAAUAAUAGAGAAAGAUAUAAAGGAAAAUGAAGCUGAAGAAGAAUCACUUGAAGAACUUCGUAAGCCUUCAAAAACUGAGGAAUCUCACAAUCCCAUAUCUCUUUCGGCAGGCUCACAUUUUGAAGAAAUGUGGGAGAGUGAAGUCCAGACGAAAUCCUUUGAAGAUAAGGACGAAACUGAAGUAAUUGAAUACAUUUUAGAAGACAAGCUGCGCGUAGAGGAAAUUACUUUUGAGGAGCAAGGCACAUUUAACGAUGUGAACAAUAAAAUGUCUCCUAUGGAAAUUGAGGAGAAUGCAAAAGAUGAAAUAAAAUAUCUUGCAGAAAGAGAUGUUGAAGUUGAUAACGGAAGUGUUUCAAACGAUGGUUCAGAGGGGGAAAAGGAAAAUGCAGGCGAAUCGAAUGAGGAAUCGAUAAAUCUAACUAUUGGUGAAGACGAACAAAAGCUUUUGCAUGAUAAGGCACCUGAUGAAAAGGAAAAAUGCACCGAUGCAGAAGGUGAUACUACCGGCAAGAAUUCAGCGCAAAAGAGUACAAAAGCGGUUGCAGCUUUGGAUGACACAAGAACAUCCAAGGGUGGAUCCAGCAGCAGUAAAUGCAGCAAGUCUGAUGACGAUAAAUCGAAGAGAAAAGAUGAGAAGUCCGGCGACAAAAAGCAUAAAGACAUUAGUGAACAAAAAUCAUCUUCAAACAAGUCUUCGCAGACGGAUGACAAAGAAAAGUCUUCAGUGAAUAUCUCUACAAAAUCGUCGUCCACAGGAAAGCAGACAACACCUUCACGUAAUCUUUGGAUAUCCGGGUUAUCUUCAUUAACGAGAGCCAGGGAUCUGAAAACUAUAUUUUCUAAAUAUGGAAAAGUUAUCGGAGCCAAGGUGGUCACCAACACCCGAACUCCUUGUACACGUUGUUAUGAUUACGUAACAAUGCCAUCAUCGUCGAAUGCCAGUCGUUGCAUUGAGAAUUUGCAUCAUACCGAACUCCAUGGACGGAUAAUAUCAGUAGAGCUCACUAAAAACGAAAUCAGCAACUCAACAAGUGUCGCCAAAACACGAGUGGAUAAAACAAAAAUAGAUCCAGUCGGAAAAGCGGAUGUAGUAACAGCCAUUUGGGAGUUACUAUUACCAUGGCAGCUUGCGUUAAAACAAACGGACAAGCUAAAAACCAAAAGACGACAACGAAGAGCAGAGAAAGCUACGAGAAGGCAUUGACAAGAUCAGCAACAGCGAAUUAAAAUUAAGUGAGUUAAAUUUAAGAAACCAUAGCGGACAUUUAUCUUUAUUGUUAGUAGUAAUUGUAAUAUUAUGCCUUUUAAUACUAUAUUUCCGUUAUAAAUGUAAAGCGAAUAAUGCUGAUAGAAUCAUUGUCAAUAUUCCCAACCGAUAGAAUAUUAAUAACAUAAAAAAUACAGUCCACUAGAUUUAAAUAAUCAUUUCUUUCCCUCGGCAAUAUGUUCAAAUAUCAUUGAACAUGCUUACUUAUCAGCAAAGCCGAAAUUCUACUAAAUAGAAAUAUCUAUUUAUACAUAUAUUAAUAUACAUACAUACAUAUAUAUACAUAUACAUAAUGCAUUUACAAGCAAUGCAUCGAAUAAUAAUAAUAAUGCAUGGGACACACAUCAUAAAUUUACAGAAGAGAUAACACACACACACACACAUGUAUUAAUUUGUACACUUAAAAUCAACCCCAUGUCAAGCAGCAAUAAAAAAUAUGCUGCAAUACAUAAAAACAUACACACAUACAAAUAUAUUUAGUUAUUUAAGAUAGUUUUAGAAAUUGUAUAUAAGCAAGAAAAAUACUAAAUAAAAAUUAGAAUGAAUAUAUUCUCCCUCGAAAUAAGACGUUUCAUUUCCCCCCACCAGUGGUAAGGAAUGACAAGUUCUUUUUUUGAGGCCAAUGUUUGACAACAUAAAUCAAACACUGUGUGUCAAAAAUGGGUUGAAUCGGACCAAUACUUCCCUUAGCCCCCAUACACUCAAUAUAAAGAAUUUCGAACUUCUGGGUGACUUUGUACCGCAUAUGUCAGCCAUAUGUGAGUUAUCCCAAUGAAAAUAAGAGAGCGUACUUUAUUCAUAACAGUGUUAAAAUAGAUACAUUUUUAGCGAAAACUUGACCAGGAUUUAAUAUCAGGAUUUUCGAACAUCCGGCAGACUUUACUCUAUAUAAUUGGUUUUACAAAGUAUUUCCCUGGAAUUGAUUAUCGCAAGUUGCAAGAGUAUAAAAUGUUCGGUUGCACCCGAACCUAGUCCUUCCUUACUUGUUCUAGUGGGUUUCUCCAACCCGCCUCGUUUACGUACACUUUGUUUUCUUUGAGCACUGAAUGUCUUCUUCG